UUGUAACAUCAGUGAAAAAGCAGAAGCGCGACGGAUGUGGGUAGCAUCUCAACAAAUAGCGUGAGUUGGCGCACCAAGGGUGCAGCUAAAUCUGACAGGCCCAUUGAGCCUAAAACUAUGAACCCUGAAGAGCAGACUGUUACGUGGCUAAUAACAUUAGGCGUGCUUAAUUCACCCAAAAAGAAUAUCGCUGAUCCGGAGGAAUUUCUGAAAACCUCUCUCAGAGAUGGGGUCGUCCUGUGUAAGCUUAUGGAACGAGUGCAUCCUGGAGCCAUCGUAAAGUACUCAACUGAACCUAGAUGCGAAGCGGACUGCCUUGCAAACAUUCGAGAGUUUCUAAAAGGAUGCCAGUCUCUAAAGGUUGAGGGCUUUGAUGCAGAAAGCUUAUAUACUGGGGAGAACUUCAACAAGGUUCUGUCAACACUCUCAGCAAUAAACAUCGCCACUCAAGAUCGUUCCCCUAAUAGAUCAUGUCCUCAGUCCAGUGGCUCUGCUCCUAGCCUGUCAGCCCCUUCACAAGCUGCUCCCACACUCAAGUCCAGCAGGUCUUUACGGAGGCAGUCAAAAGCUUUGGAUAUGUCGGAGAAUGGAGGGGGCGGGCAUCUGGUUGUCAAGGCACGUUUUAAUUUCAAGCAGAACAAUGAGGACGAGCUGUCUUUCAGCAAGGGUGAGCUGAUCCAGGUCACACGCCAGGAGGACGGUGGAUGGUGGGAGGGAACCCUUAACGGCAAAACCGGCUGGUUCCCUAGCAAUUACGUCCGAGAGGUCAAGCCAUGUGAGAAGCCGAUUUCUCCGAAAGCAAUAAAAGGACUUGACGUUCCUCAGCUGACUAAAAAUUAUUAUAAUGUGGUGGUGCAAGACAUCUUGGAGCAUGAGAGAGAGUUUGUUAAGGAACUGCAGACGCUCCUGGGCUGCUACCUGCGCCCUCUACAGACCAGCGACAAGCUGUCUAGUGCGGACUGCUCCAGUCUGAACGGGAAUUUAGAGGACAUCCUCUCGUUCCAACAGGGACUGUGUCUUGCCUUAGAGGAGUGCUCCAAGAUGCCAGAGGGCCUGCAGCGGAUUGGUGCCUGUUAUCUGAACCUGAUGUGUCAGAUCAGAACACUGUACUUGUCCUACUGCUCCAGCCAUCCUUCUGCAGUCUGUGUGCUGACUGAUCACAGUGAGGAGCUGGACAAGUUCAUGGAGAGUCAGGGAGCCAGUGCUCCUGGUAUCCUGACCCUCACCACCAGCCUGAGCAGACCCUUCAUGAGGCUGGAUAAGUACCCCACCCUCCUGCAGGAGCUUGAGCGACAUGUGGAGGAGGCGCAUCCAGACUACAGUGACGUUCUCAAAGCAACAGUUGCUUUUAAAAAUCUUGUGACUCAGUGUCAAGAUUUGCGUAAAAGAAAGAACUUGGAGUUACAGAUCUUGUCGGAGCCGGUGCGGGGCUGGGAGGGCGACAGCAUGAAGUCACUGGGUCAGGUGGUCUACACGUCGCAGGUCCACAUCCAGAGCGGUUUAAAUGAGGAAAAGGAAGAGCGAUACUUCAUGCUGUUUCCCAAUGUGGUAGUCAUGCUGUCCGUCAGCCCAAGAAUGAGUGGUUUUAUUUACCAAGGACGUCUGCCACUGACUGGAACCACUGUAACCAAACUGCCAGAGGAUGCAGAGACAGGCCAUUAUGCUUUUGAGAUCACAGGGGGGGCGAUAGAUCGCACCACUGUGUUCUGCGGUAGUGCACAGGAGCAGCUGGAGUGGUUAGAACAUCUUCAUGCUUACACCAAGGAAGGGAGUCCUGUCGGAACAAUAAUAAAGAGUGUUGAUGGUAAACCUACAACCAUGACUAGCACGUCGUCCCACCACUUGCACAGUUUCGGUACUGCUGUGGCUAACCGAGGACCCCUCGAACCCCCCAAGAUCACCAAGCCAUGGUCCUUAAGCUGUCUGAGACCUGCGCCACCCCUUAAGCCAUCUGCUGCCCUCGGUUAUAAAGAGAGGAUGUCUUAUAUCCUGAAGGACACUAGUAAAAGCCCCAGAACCAGACCCAAGUUCCUUCCAAAGAGAAAAACGGAGAGAAAAGCAUCAGAUGAUGAUGCCCUGCUUAGAAAAAGCACAGCGGCUCUAGAGGAGGAUGCCCAGAUACUCAAAGUGAUUGAGGCCUACUGCACUGGAGCCAGUCUCCACCAAUCCACCACAGCUGUUCGCAAGGAGUGCAUCCCCCAGGUCUUCCUUCUUCCAGAAGAAGAGAAGAUUAUUGUUGAGGAGGUCAAGAGCAAUGGCCAGACGAUCAUUGAGGAAAAAAGUCUUGUUGAUGCCGUUUAUGCUCUAAAAGAUGAAGUCCAUGAAUUAAAAAAGGAGAAUAAAUGGAUGAAGCAGUGUCUGGAAGAGGAACAGAAGUCCCGGAAGGAGUUAGAGCGUGUAGUCAGAAAGUUGGCCAAGCAGAAGAAUGACUGUUCCUGGGAUGAAGGAGGUCACUAAAGAACACUCGCCAGCUGCAUACAAGAUGCAAUGAGAAUGUCGACUCUGAUAAGUGACUGUGUUUUUCUCGCCAUGCUGAAGAAUAUCCCCGUGCGGUUUGCUUCACGCUCCUGUGGUGUGACAUUCUGAGAACAAAACAGCAACUGUUCUGGAAGACCAAGUGAACUGCUUCUUAAGUAUUUUGUGAUUUGCAAAACAAACUGUCCAUUUUGCGUCUGAUUCACUCAAGCGCUCCAAGAAGAAGCAUCACGGAAAAGAUGAUGGAAUCUCUUGUUUUUCGAACUGAACAAAUAUCUGCCUCACUUUAUGACAGUUACUGGUCAUGGACAAAAUCAAUUCAAUGACAUUCAGCCCCACAAACAGCAUUCCGACUCAAGCCACUAUUGCACAAGUGAAAGUAUUCUGUUAAAGAUAUUUGUGGUCGAACAUUGCAAGACUCCACCGUAUCCACAAGUAUUGUUCUUUUCAGUCCUUUUUCUGUUUUAAAAUGUGAAAACGGUUGCUCAAGGUACCUUUUAGGUCACAAAUGAACAAGAUUGAGAUUUGUAGUUUGCACCCGAUUGCCAUGCUUUUUCUUUUUAGUUUGAGUUUCAUUUCCAUUGGUACACGGUAUUUCUAAAACAGCCGUUAUGUUACAUAAUCAUGCUUCUGAUAAUCAUCACUAGUUUAAAGCUAUCAGGGAUAUAGAUGUCAGAAACAGUCGAGUUUAUAAUACGAUACGUCAUAUAAUGUAUGUAUAUCAUAUAUACAGUAUAAAUAUGUAUAUAUCAUAGAUGUUAUGGCAAAAGGAACCUUUUAAACCUUUUUUUUUCAUGAUAACAAAACUUCAUUAGGAAAUUUUAUCCUUCUUUUUCAGAGGUUUGAAACCAUUUCAUAUGACUAUUUCACAAAGAUCCAGUAUGUUUGUGGUUUUGGUACUAGGAGCCCUUUUAGGACUCGUAAACCAAGUGUUUGUAGAAGCAUACAUUAUAAAAUACAAUUCUUUCCGGCAAACUGCUCCCAAUAGAGCAUAGGGUUGCACCAAAUGUCAUUUUUGACAGGAAUGAAAUUGAGGUUUUGAGGGAUAGAAGUACAACACAUUCAGUGGAUUGUACAGUAGCUUAACAACAUACCGAUUGUUCAGCUUACAGUAGUUGUGAAAUUAUGAAUUAGGACCUUUAUACAGCAGAUACCAUGGGGAAGACUGUACAUCUAUCCCUCACAGCCUAGUUUUCAUUCACGUCGAAUUCAAUACCUGACUAAAGUCUGUUGCACUGGAGGUGCUUUUUCUUACUCAUUUGUACUCUGCGUGGUACAUAUUUUCUUCUUGAACACUUGACAUUUUAACUGUUGCGAUUUAAAUCAAAUGCAAAAGUCAUUAUACAGACAGUUACACAAUUACACUGUGUCUGAAGCGCUUAACCUUUCUUUCUUAACUAAUCGUUACCGAUCAUAACCGUGACUAAUGUUUUCAUUCGCUGUGGAUCAGAGAUGUGAUCUCUAUCUUAAGCAGUGAAGAGAUGCAUGCAUUUUGUUUUUUAUCUCACCAGCAGACACCUCCGGAGCAUUGCUGUGGCAAUACAAUGCAAUAUGCAACUGGUUUGUUGUUACUGUGCAAGAACCAGUUUUUCUCAUGGAAGGAGUAUACUGUAUAAUAUAUUCUUCCGAUUAGGCAAUAAGAUGUGCUCUGAGGUACAAACAUAACGCUGUCACUGUGGUACUAUGUGAAAAUCUUGUUUGUGUGCGUGUAAUUAACCUUGCAUGCCAUUAUGUGUUACACAUAGCCUUAAAUAUUAUUUCAAAGUGUUAACCCUGAUUCUAUUGUUGUUGUUGUCUUGAAAUUUUAAAACAUCGGUCGAAAAUUUGAACCUCUGCAUUGGUAAAUGUGAUAUUUCUGAUGGUCUGUUUAUGUGUUAUUUGAAAGAGAGACUGAUUUGAUCAGUAGGUUAUGCAAGUAUGUAUAGUUCCAUGUGGAAACAUGCUGUUUGUUAAAGGUGACUACUGAUCUCACUGAAAGGAAAUUCACUUUUUUUUUCUACUAAUGAAUAGCAUUCAUCCUAAAAAUGAACAGCACUUUCAGGUGAUCAUAAGGGUCGAAAAAUGUCUACAUUAGUUUCCUCUUAAAAGUGCCCAUGUCUGCAGAACAAAAGAUAUCUUUUAUUUUUGCGAAGCUGACCUAUGCAAUAUAAAUGCUAUAUAUAUAAUUUUAUUGUUGUUUUUUCCACUAGUGCUUAUGUUUUAUUUUGUCCUCAUUUCAAUAAGGAAUUGUUUUAAUAAAAUAACAUCAUGUUAAUAA